UGAAAUCAGUCAGGGUCGAGUUCGGGGAAGUGUUAGCUGCUCCUCUCUGUCGGUUGCGCCCACACGCGUUUUAACAUUUAUAUAAACCGACUUUAAAACCUUUGUCCAUCUUUGUAGCUGUAAGUCUUAGCGCUGUGUUAGCGGGGUAGUCAACGUUACUGUGGAGGUUAGCUCUUUAUUUUUUAUAGCCGCUUUCUUUCAACAGGCCGACGUAGCUGCUAGCUAGCUGGAGUAACGUUUCCUGCGGGAGGGCUGCUGCAGCUCGUUUAAGAUCUGGUCACAUCCCCGGACGCUGGUUUCCCUCGGUCACUGUGCAAUAACACUUUGUGAAUAUGGACGCCUCUGCAAGACUCAAGAUGGCAAAAGACAUGAAGCUUCAAAGGCCUGAAGCCAAAUUGAGCAGCGAAGGACCAAAGCGGAUUCCUGUGUCACAACAGUCGCAGAUGACUCAGAUGGCUGUAGUUACACCGACUCCACAGCAGCGGAUCCUGGGUGUGUCAAAUGGACCUCAGCGUAUUCAGCGGCCUGUCAGUCAUCAGAAACCUGUGUCUCACAUCUCUGUUGCUGUCAAGUCCACAAAGCCCUCUGAUCAGAAUGUGAACCCCAAUAGUAGGAAUGUAAAUCCUGCAUCUCAGCCUAAAUCUGGCUCACAGCAAAGCCAGCCAAAGACAAAUGUGGUCAAGGUGAAGCAGGAGCUGGUCAAACCACCAGUAGAAUCGGCAAAGCUGGAGAAGCCACAGAACAAACCUGCCCUGAAAGAAUCUGGAGAUGUCUCAGCAUCAAAGUAUGUAAAGCGAUGGAGCUUGGAAAAUUUCGACAUUGGUCGUCCCUUAGGAAAGGGUAAAUUUGGCAACGUCUACCUGGCAAGAGAGCGACAGAGUAAGUUCAUCUUGGCCCUGAAGGUGCUCUUUAAGAAGCAGCUGGAGAAGGCUGGGGUGGAACACCAACUGAGGAGAGAAGUGGAGAUCCAGUCUCACCUCAGGCACCCCAAUAUCUUGCGUCUCUAUGGCUACUUCCAUGACACUUCGCGAGUGUAUCUCAUCCUUGAGUUUGCACCCAGAGGAGAACUAUACGGUGAGCUGCAGCGCUGUGGAAACUUUCCCGAGGACAGAAGUGCCACGUACAUCAUGGAGCUGGCAGAUGCCCUCAACUAUUGCCACACCAAGAAGGUGAUCCACAGGGACAUCAAACCAGAGAACCUGUUACUGGGAGCAAAUGGGGAGCUAAAGAUUGCAGAUUUUGGCUGGUCUGUUCACACACCCUCCUCCAGGAGGUCCACCCUCUGUGGAACACUGGACUACUUGCCUCCAGAGAUGAUUGAGGGAAAAACUCACGAUGAAAAGGUGGACUUGUGGAGCCUGGGUGUCCUCUGUUACGAGUUCCUGGUUGGAAAACCCCCCUUUGAAACGAAAAGUCACGAAGAGACUUACCGCAAGAUAUCAAGAGUGGAGUACACAUACCCUGCACAUUUCAAUAUCAGUGAUGGAGCCAAACACCUGGUUGCCCAGCUGUUGAAGCACAACCCCAUGCACAGACUGCCCAUCCAGGGCGUCCUGACCCACCCCUGGGUCGUCGAAUGCUCGACCAAGAAGCCCACGACUCUGAACAACGAAGAACCCAGUCAAUGAGCCUCUUUUGUGUUGUCAGUGACUGGCUGGUGCACUGUGCAGCUGAUUGGAAGGAUCUGCUUGUACUCCCACUACAUGACUUUCACAUCACUACGUGGCUUUUUUUGUCAGCAGACCUUUUGAGCCAUCUAGUUUUACCUUCUCCUUGUGAGUGUCCUUGUCUUACUAAUGGCAUCUGUUGCCUGUAAAUAUUUCACUGUUUUUGUACAAUUAUGAAAUUUUAUUGAUCGUUUCUAAAAAGCUAUUACUUGAAAUAAAAAAUAUACUACUGAUCAUCUUGCAAUAGAAUCAUACCAGCCUCAAUGCCCAUCAACACUCACAAGGUGAAAACAUUACCAGCCUCACUGUUGCAACUGGUGAUUAAUAGUAAUAAUAUUUUUUUGUAAUUCAGCUGUGUGUGUGUAUAUGUAUAUAUAUAUAUAUAUACACACACUGCUUUAUAUCUGUUAUUGAAAGUUAUGUGUUUAUCAGCAGCAACAGGCUGGUUCCUUUGUUUUUACACUGUGUGUGGUUCUGUCAGGUGUCCUGCACUGAAUGUCAGACUAAAAAUCAAACAGGCUCCACAUGUCUAGAAAUGGGACACAGCUGAUUUUAUGCUCUGAGAUGGAGGUUUGAUUAAAGUCUCUAGUAUUGACAGAUUUCCUGCUGAAUCCAAUUUUAUGUGAUGUCGCCCCCCCCCCGCCCAAAAGUGCUUGUUAUAGCGAGAACUACCAAAGAGGCAAGUUCGGGCAGGUCUGAGUUUGUCAGAACCGUACAAGGUGCAGAUAAAAUCCAGACGAUGGCUUUGCUCUGACUCAGGAACACUGGGGUCUUACAUCACAGUGUAAAGAUACUGAGCGCUGAUGGGUCUGAACAUUGACGUGUUGCAGUGACUGGUGUCAUUUCAUUCCAAGAUGGUCUCUAGUUUGCUUCCUUGUUUUGUUUGUUUUCAACAGAGUUUAAUGUUGUGAAGCUGAAGUCAGGAUGAUGCAGUGAUUUCACAGACAGGUUCAAAUGGAGCUGCUUUUAUCAAGCCUCGGUGAAAAGCAGCCAGCAGAGGGCGCCAGGAUACCACAGUUUGAGAACAAGUAUGUUGCAGAUUAUAGGUAGAAAUUAUGCCACUGUCACUGUAAAUAAUCUGUGAAAGCACAUUGACUUCCUGUGUCAAUAAAAUGUCAAUGUAAUUGAAUUAGCAUUUUAUUUAUGUUUGUUUGACAGUCUUAAUGUCACCGGUAAAUGUUGACAGAAUUCCUGCUUCAAUAAAAUGUGGAAAUGUAA